GCAGACUUACAUAUAGCACUUGUACCCUUAAAACUAUAGGUAGGAUUUAACUUGCAAAAUAGCAGAAGAGUUGCCAGUUAACCCCGCGGCUGGGGGUUAACGCUACGACGGAGCUGCCGACAUGGAUAAAGUUAUCAAUUGCUUGUUUGCUGCAAUAACGCUGCUGUUGUCCGUCCGAGGGGAAGUUUACAAAGGCAAUUGUAACUUUGAGAAGCCACUGGCAGCAUGUGGGUACAGCCAAGGCAGAGAAGAUGACCUUGAAUGGGAGCAGGCCAAUACCAGAGAGAAGCCUUCAUCAGAUCCUUGGAUGCCCUCAGGCUCAGCUUUUAUGAUGGUGAACACAUCAGGACGCUUUGCAGGGCAGAAGGCUCUGCUGCUGACGCCCCAGCUGAAGGAAAAUGACACCCACUGUGUCAUCUUCCACUACUAUGUGGGAGGCCGAGACAACAGCCACCCGGGCCAGCUUAACGUCUACAUCAAAGAAAACAAUAGUCCUUUGGGGAUGCCGGUGUGGAACGCGUCUGGUCCCGCCACACGCAGCUGGGGACAAGUUGAGCUGGCCAUCAGCACCUACUGGCCCAACUUCUACCAGAUUGUGUUUGAAGUGGUAACCUCAGGGCAGCGCGGCUUGCUGGCCAUCAAAGAUGUCGUGGUCCAGGGCCACCAGUGCAUGAAUACGCCUCACUUCCUGACUAUAAAGGGAGUGGAAGUCAACGCGGGACAGACGGCGUCUUUUCACUGCACCGUCAAUGGACGCAAGAGGGACAACUUCCAUCUCUGGCUUCAGGGCAUCGGCGGACGGGAGGCCCCGAUGAAAGCCACUAAACCUUGGAACAACCGGCGCUUCAUAGGCACUUUCGACGUGGAGAACACGACCAAGGGCGACUCGGGCCGCUACCGCUGCAUCGUCCACUCAGACAAAGGGGUUGGAGUGUCCAAUUAUGGAGAGCUGACCAUAAAACAGCCCCCAGUGCCUAUUGCCCCACCCCAGCUGACUGCAGUGGGUGCCACCUACCUGUGGAUCCAGCUUAAUGCCAACUCCAUCAACGGCGAUGGCCCCAUCAUUGACAGGGAGGUUGAGUACCGCACCGUGUCGGGCACCAUGUACGACCUGCAGCCCGUGGACAAGACCACCCACAAGAUCGGCCACCUGGACCCAGACACCGAAUACGAGAUCAGUGUUCUGCUCACCAGGCCUCUGGAGGGAGGCACCGGAGCCCCUGGACCCCCUCUCAGGGCCAGGACCAGAUGUGCCGAGCCCAUGCACGGCCCGCGGAGGCUGGAAGUGGUGGACAUCCAGUCCAAGCAGGUGACGGUGCGCUGGGAGCCUCUGGGCUACAACGUCACUCGCUGCCACAGCUACAACCUGACCGUGCAGUACCGCUCCAGGGUGGCCGGCAAGGAGGAGACCCGCGAGGAGGUGUGCUACGACACCCAGAGCCGCGACCCCCAGCACACCAUCCACAACCUGACGCCCUACACCAACCUCAGCGUCAAGCUGGUGCUACGCAACCCUGAGGGGGUCAAAGAGAGCACAGAGCUGGAGGUCCAGACCGAUGAGGAUGUUCCAGGUGCUGUUCCUCUGGAGUCCAUCCAGGGCAGCGCAUACGAGGAGAAGAUCAUCCUAAAGUGGAGAGAGCCAGCACAGACCUAUGGAAUCAUCACUCAGUACGAGAUCUCCUACAAGGCAGUGAGCUCCUUUGACCCCGAGCUGGACCUCUCCAACCAGAGUGGGAAGGUGCUGAAGCUGGGCAACGAGACCACCCACAUGUUCACAGGCCUCUACCCGGGCUCUACCUACUCGUUCACCCUGCGCGCCAGCACAGCCAAGGGCUACGGCCCCCCUGUCAUCACCCAGUUCACCACCAAGAUUUCAGCUCCCUCCAUGCCUGCGUACGACCAGGAGACUUCGCUCAACCAGACAGACAGCACAGUCACUGUCCUGCUUAAGCCUGCCCAAAGCAGGGGCGCACCUGUCAGUGCGUACCAGGUGGUGGUGGAGGAGGAGCGUCCUCGCAGAGCAAGAGGCACAGCUGAGAUCCUGCGCUGCUACCCGGUUCCUAUUCACUUCCAGAACGCCACGCUCCUCAACUCCCAGUACUACUUCACCGCUCAGUUCCCCGCCACGGGCAUCCACUCGCCCCAGCCCUUCACCGUGGGGGACAACAAGACCUACAAUGGCUACUGGAACGCUCCUCUGCUGCCCCAGAAGAGCUACAGCAUCUAUUACCAGGCUGUCAGCACAGCCAACGGGGAGACCAAAAUCGACUGUGUUCGAGUGGCCACCAAAGGAGCAGCCACUCACAAGCCCGACGCGGUGGAGCCGGAGAAACAAACGGACCACACAGUGAAGAUCGCCGGGGUCAUCGCUGGCAUCCUCCUCUUUGUCAUCAUUUUCUUGGGAGUGGUGCUCCUCAUGAAGAAAAGGAAGUUAGCCAAGAAGCGCAAAGAGACGCUGAACAGCACCCGACAAGAGAUGACAGUGAUGGUCAACUCCAUGGAUAAGAGCUACACGGAGCAGGGCACCAACUGCGAUGAGGCGCUGUCCUUCAUGGACACGCACAACCACACACUGAACACCCGCAGCGAGUGUGCGCUCACACUGAACGGCCGCAGCGAGUGCACCCUCACCCUCAACGGCAGAGCUGGCUCCUCACCCUCUUCCUUCACUCUGCCUAAAGCCAACACGCUCAGUACAUCCAUUCCCACCAACUCCUACUACCCAGAUCCCUUUGUGCCAACCGCUAUCUUAGUGCCCAUUAAUGACGAGAGCCAGAACAUGGGGAGCGACACCAGCAGCCUGGUGCAGUCCCACACCCACUCGCUGAGGAAGCGGGAGCCGGUGGACGUGCCGUACCAGACGGGCCAGCUGCACCCGGCCAUCCGCGUGGCCGACCUCCUGCAGCACAUCACGCAGAUGAAGUGCGCCGAGGGCUACGGCUUCAAGGAGGAGUACGAGAUAAACGAGAGCUUUUUUGAAGGACAAUCUGCACCGUGGGACUCGGCCAAGAAGGAUGAGAACCGCAUGAAGAACCGAUAUGGGAAUAUUAUUGCAUAUGAUCACUCCCGUGUCAGGCUGCAGGCCCUGGAGGGGGAACAGAGCUCCGAUUACAUUAAUGCAAAUUACGUUGAUGGCUACCACAGGCCAAAUCACUACAUCGCUACUCAAGGCCCCAUGCAGGAGACUGUCUUUGACUUCUGGAGGAUGGUCUGGCAGGAGAACACAGCAGCCAUCGUCAUGGUGACCAACCUGGUGGAAGUGGGCAGGGUGAAGUGCUGUAAGUACUGGCCCGACGACACCGAGAUCUACAGAGACAUCAAGGUGACGCUGAUAGAGACCCAGCUGCUGUCAGAGUAUGUCAUCAGGACCUUCGCCGUGGAGAAGAGAGGGGCUCACGAGAUACGGGAGAUCCGGCAGUUUCACUUCACGGGCUGGCCGGACCACGGCGUGCCCUACCACGCCACGGGCCUGCUGGGCUUCAUUAGGAGGGUCAAGUCCAAGACGCUGACCAACGCUGGGCCCAUGGUGGUUCACUGCAGUGCUGGGGCUGGUCGGACAGGCUGCUUCAUUGUCAUCGACAUCAUGCUGGACAUGGCGGAGAGAGAGGGCGUGGUCGACAUUUACAACUGCGUGAGGGAGCUGCGCUCACGGAGGGUCAACAUGGUCCAAACAGAGGAGCAGUAUGUCUUCAUCCAUGAUGCCAUCCUGGAGGCGUGUCUCUGCGGGGACACCACCAUCCCAGCCAAUCAGCUCCGCUCUGUCUACUACGACAUGAACCGCCUGGAUCCUCAGACCAACUCCAGCCCCAUUAAGGAGGAAUUUAGGACUCUGAACAUGGUGACUCCCACGCUGCGAGUGGAGGACUGCAGCAUCGCCCUGCUGCCCAGGAACCACGAGAAGAACCGCUGCAUGGACGUCCUGCCUCCAGACCGCUGCCUCCCCUUCCUCAUCACCAUCGACGGGGAGAGCUCCAAUUACAUCAACGCUGCCCUCAUGGAUAGUUAUAAGCAGCCCUCGGCAUUCAUAGUGACCCAGCACCCGUUGCCAAACACAGUGAAGGACUUCUGGAGAUUGGUCCUGGACUACCACUGCACGUCCAUAGUCAUGCUCAACGACGUGGACCCAGCCCAGUUGUGCCCACAGUACUGGCCAGAGAACGGCGUUCACCGCCACGGACCCAUCCAGGUGGAGUUUGUGUCCGCUGACCUGGAGGAGGACAUCAUCAGCAGAAUAUUCCGGAUCUACAACGCAGCGCGGCCCCAGGAUGGCUACCGGAUGGUGCAACAGUUCCAGUUCCUGGGCUGGCCCAUGUACAGAGACACACCCAUGUCCAAGCGCUCCUUCCUCAAGCUCAUCCGACAGGUGGACAAGUGGCAGGAAGAGUACGAUGGAGGCGAGGGACGCACUGUUGUCCACUGUCUGAAUGGAGGCGGCCGCAGCGGGACAUUCUGUGCCAUCAGCAUCGUGUGUGAGAUGCUCCAACACCAGCGCUCUGUGGAUGUUUUCCAUGCCGUCAAAACUUUGAGGAACAAUAAACCCAACAUGGUGGACCUACUGGAUCAGUACAAGUUCUGCUACGAAGUGGCACUGGAGUACUUGAACUCUGGCUAAUGGGUGCCAAAGCCAGUGCCCAGAGGUAUCUACCACAGACUUACGGCUUGGGACAUUACAGAAGACGUACAGCUCACAUGUGUGCAUUGUGUUGUGUGUGUGUGUGUUGCCGCCCCCAGCAGGAGGAAGGCACGCACACAGCCAUACAUGCAGCUCCCUUGACCAGCUCUCUUCUUCUACUGAUCUUCACUUGAUCUAGAUGGGAAAGGUAGUGGAGUUGUACAGUGUUAAUAUUGCAGGCAGUUCCUGUGAGUACCAGCUAAAGAACCCAGCAGGAGCACAAUGAUUUUUUCCCACCGCAGUGAGUCGCCUCCUCCCUGGAUCCCUCUCUCUCUCUCUCUCUCUCUCAGUCUCGCUCUCUCUCUCUCUCUCUCUCUCUCUCUCACUCUCUCUCUCUCGCCCUCUAUCUCUCUCUAUCUCAGUCGCCUGUGGUCCCGUGGUUGUUGCCUUGAUCCUCAUCGGACGACGAGCAUUAAAUAUUCUCAAGUUUUUCGUGGAAUGCGAUACACUGUACGUACUGUAAUGUGUUCAUUUUAUUCGCUCCGAUCAUGUUUUUCGCUCAGCAUUGAAUAACGUCAUUCUUAAGGGUCAUUGAAUGCAGGAGUUCAAAGCCUAAAUGUUACUAAAUGUCCUGUAAAUUUACGACUUCUAGACUAUUAUCGCUUCAUAUGUUGGGGACGGCCAGCACAGUCUACAUUUGCUUAUCUUAUCUCCUGUACAGGGAUCCAAAGCUUUAUUUGCACUUCCAUUUGAUUCUUGUUGUGCAUAUUGUACAUAUUUCUGUAGAUUAUUUAUUCUCAGUAUGUACUUUUUUUGUGACUCGCCGUAAGUGACAAUCAUAUGUUUUGAGUUUGUUUUAUUGAUUGUAUUGUGUGCUUUUUUUUGGUCAUCUUGUAUGAC